AGCAAAUCCUUGGAACCGGUGAAGCCCGAUGGGGCGGGACCCCGCGUUUCUCCUACCUCUACUUAUGAAGCAGCGCUGGGAUCGGAUGGCAAGCAAUACGAUAUCAUCGUCAUUCCUGCAGGAUCGUCAAUCACCGGUGCCCAGGAAAAGGAGGCGGUUGAAUUCAUCACGAAACAGGGAGCCAAGGCCAAGUAUGUGCUGUCCGUGUGCGUCGGCGCCGCCAUCCUCGCGUCGACCGGCCUCUUGGAUGGCAAACGGGCGACGUCUAACAAGAUGCUAUUCAGAGAGAUCGCAGGAGCUUACCCGAAGGUCAUCUGGGUUGCCAAGGCCCGUUGGGUCGUUGACGGAAAAUUCUGGACAGCGUCGGGUAUUACGGCAGGCUUGGACAUGGCAUAUGCCUUCGCCAGCGAGCUGCUCGGCAAGGAAUACGCGGACAAGUUGGCUACCUUUAUGGAGUACACGCCCGUCACCGAUUCGGAGCACGACGAGUUCGCCUCUGUGUAUGGUUUGGUGUAG